AUGUGCGGAGCUGGCAUGGCGCAGCCACCCGCAGCCCCUGGAGAUUUGCAAGUUGUUCCAUCCGAAUCCGAGGAGCUGCCGCUUCCGGUGGCAAUGGCCAUCGGUCGACCUGAAAAGGCCGAAGAUUGGCGAGAAGAGGCCUCAAGCCACAGCAGAAGUACCACGGAAGGUCGGCAAAACACGAUUUCCGGAGUCUUCUGCAUGCUGCUGAAAGCGACGCUGCGAAUCGGCACUGUGGUGGUCACCUCUUGGCUUGUCAUGGCAAUCCUGGAGAACGAAUGGGACGAGCGCACUGUGCUCAUGGUGGGCUGCAGCAUAAUCCCGGGACUUGCCGGGAUGUACCUCUGCAGCAGAGCUUCAACGAAGCACUCGCUGUCCACGGCUGGCUUUCUGCUGUGUACCUGGAUUCUGGGUCUGGUACAGACAGAUGGGAUCCAGGAUAUGGAGAUGGUCUACGAAGGCAGGGGAAGAGCGCAAUGGAGAACAAGCCUUCUGGCCAACGAACUCCUCCACCCGGUUCAAGAUAUCUUACUGAUUCUCCUGUCUGUCCAGCGGCUCAGCUCACUCCAAAGCUCUGCUGGCCAUGCUUUCAUCCCUCAUUUGAUGAAGCUGUUCUGCUCGAUUGGCACUGUCUACACUGCCGGGCAAGUGCUUAAUUUGAGCCUGGUGUGGACACACGCCGGGUGGGAGGACUACGCACAGGUCUGCGCUAUCCUACUUUACGCGUCUGCCGUCUGGCUCUGUGUGAAGAUCUUGUUUGCAUAUCGGCAGGUGCUGGAAAGUCUGCACUCAGCCAGGGUGGUUGCGGAGCGCACGUGCUUCACUGAAAUCAUCAAAGACUCCGGGUGCCAAGCGCUGAAGCGAGCGCGCUGGGCGAUGAGAAAGGAGACCUGGGGUGUGGCUCUCUGCUUUACCAGCACCUUGGUGUCUUUUCCCUUCGCGAAUAUGCUGAUCCGCUAUGGGCUCUAUGAGUCCCUCCCCUGGAUCCUGUCCGCUGUGCUGCUUGGGAACACCCUGGGCACCUGGAUCCUCUCGAACGCCCAACGGCAACCUCGCACGAUGGCGGAGGCCAAAAGCACGCGCUGCCUGGGUCGCAAGACCUCCCGUACACUGCCAAGGACUGAAGCCCCUCCUGAAUGGCAAGCGAAGGUCAAACAGCUGUCGAUGAGGGGCAUCACGGCCCAGGCUCUGCUCAGUUUCUACAAAAGCCUCGGCGGCCGGCUGAUGCCACACUACCAGGCCGGGCGGCACACCACCUCCGACGUGGUCAGACAGGCCAUCAUCCCGCAGACCCGCGCGGGGCGCUGUGCCUACGCGACCUUUAUCCACGGCCCACGUCGGCCUGACCGAAUGGUCACGCACUCCUGGCGGAAUUUGUUCCGUGAUCUGGUGGCGGCUGUUAUUGCUGAUGCGGUGGGCGAAAGUAGCUUCGGGCUCGUGGCUGCCCUGCUGGAAGAGGAUGUGUCUGUGCUCGAGGCGCUUCUGCAGCAGCAAGGCACGGCCGAUCGGGUGUAUUGGAUCUGUGCUUUCGCAGUGAACCAACACGCUGGCAUUUGUGAGAAUCACGAUGGGGACCGGGACUCUGUGACGGGACAGGUUCAUCCUGGCUGCGCUUGCGGUCUGCCGAAGAUGCUGAAUACCACAGCGCCGCUGUCUACAGAAGGCCCCACAAAAGGCCAGAGCAUUGGAUGCGAGAUGAACAAGUUUGACGACAUGAUGGCUCUGCUAGCCAGGAAGAAUCCACAGUUUUCGCAAGUCGUCGCCGUGGAUGCUGGCUUCGUUCUCUUUCGGAGGGCCUGGUGUGUGGCCGAGCUUGUAAAGGCCGAUGAGGCGAGGCUUCGGCAGCACGUCAAAAUGCACUCACGGAAGGCGGUGGAGGACAUGGCCAGCAGCUUGCGGAACCUACGGGUAGAAAGCAUGCAAGCCUCGAGAGCAGAGGAUGUGGAGUUCAUCUUGGAGAGGAUUGAAGAUACGAGCCUGUUUAACCAGAAGCUGCAGAGCCUCAUCUUCGACAAGACAGGUCUCUUGUCCUGUUGGCGUCGCCUCGAUGCAGCUCAUCGAAUGGAAGAGGUGGGUAGCCUCUUAAAGUGGAGUUUUGCAGACAAUGGAAGAGGCAUCGUUUGGCAGUUUUGGCACUUGAGGGACUAA